AUGUUGAUCGAUUCCCUCCGUCUCUUCCUCUCCCCGUUCCCUUCUCUGAGUUCUCUCUCAAUUCAAAGACGUCAAAGUCUCCACAAGGUUUGAAGUCUAUAAUCUGAAAUACUGCAAAAACAAAAAAAAAGAACAGAGAUAUCUUAGAGAGAGAGAGAGAGAGAGAGAGAAAUCAAGUCUGAGCGAGAGACGGACAAAGAGAUGUUGCGUACAUGUUACAGACCACUGGAGCGAUGUUUUGGCCGACGAGGCGAUGGACUUCUAUGGCAUAUGGAUUUGAAACCCCACGCCUCCGGUGACUUCUCCAUCGCUGUCGUUCAAGCCAAUUCAUCCCUCGAAGACCAAAGCCAAGUCUUCACCUCUCCCUCCGCCACCUACGUUGGCGUCUACGACGGCCACGGCGGCCCCGAAGCUUCUCGUUUUAUUAAUAAUCACCUCUUCCCUCACCUCCACAAGCUUGUAACGGAACAAGGGGGUUUGUCUGCCGAUGUUCUAAAGAAGGCAUUCGAUGCGACCGAGGAGGAGUUCUUGCAUUUGGUGAAACGGUCGUGGCCCGCACGGCCGCAGAUUGCUUCUGUGGGAUCUUGUUGUUUGGUUGGAGCGAUUUCGAACGAUAUGUUGUAUGUGGCGAAUCUUGGGGACUCUAGAGCAGUUCUUGGGCGGAAAGCUUCCGAGGGGCGGAGGAAUCUGGUGGUGGCGGAACGCUUGUCCACUGAUCAUAAUGUUGCCGUCGAGGAGGUUAGAAAGGAGGUCGAGGCUCUUCAUCCCGAUGAUUCACAUAUUGUCGUGUAUACUCGUGGAGUUUGGCGGAUAAAAGGCAUAAUUCAGGUAUCAAGAUCUAUUGGAGAUGUCUAUCUUAAGAAACCCGAGUUCAAUAGGGACCCUCAUUUCCAGCAAUUUGGGUAUCCUGUCCCACUGAAACGGCCUGUGAUGUCAGCAGAACCUUCAAUCCAGAUUAGAAAGCUAAAGCCUCAAGACUUAUUCUUGAUAUUUGCAUCAGAUGGACUGUGGGAGCAACUGAGUGAUGAAGCAGCUGUAGAGAUUGUUUUCAAAAAUCCAAGAGUAGGCAUAGCAAAGAGAUUGGUGAGAGCUGCCCUCCAAGAGGCUGCAAGGAAGAGAGAAAUGAGAUACGAUGACAUAAAGAGCAUAGAGAAGGGGAUAAGGCGGCAUUUUCAUGAUGACAUCACUGUAAUUGUGAUGUACCUUGAUCACUAUAACAGCUCUUCCACUGGUAAUUUCAGGGAGCAGUCCACCGUUGACUGCAUUACUGCUCCCGUCGACAUCUUCUCUCUUUACUCAGACGAAGUAGAACCAAGCCACAACAUUUCCUGACUCGAUCCACAGACAGUGGAUGGAUACAUACUGACUACCUUGUGAAUAAGAUAAAUGGGAAUACAUAUAAAUAUGGUUACAGUUUAUAGAUACGGAUUGAAAAUAUGGACGACAUGGGAAAAUGGGAUUGUGAUUAAAAAUACAGCGAGGAUGGUAAUAUUAUAUUUAAUUUAGGAAUUAGUUCACUUUGGCUACACCAUGGGUGAUGGGCGCAACCUAUUUUUGAUCGUAAGCUCUAACCUCGGAGGCUGGGACUACAGCCAUGGCGUAGCCAAAGUGAUUGCUUUGAGACGUUAACGGUCCAUCUUUUUAUCAUUUUAUCCUUUGUUUUUAUUCAACUAUCAAUUCAUUCACAUUUGGAAGUGGUUCUAUUCGUUUUUUUCCC